AUGGCAAGCCACACCGUGGACACAGACACCUUGCUCCCGGAUAAGUUAAACAACUUCUUCACUCGCUUCGAGGAAAAUAACUCUGUGUCGCCAACGUGGACCCCCUCCGCUCAAGAGGACUGUGUACUCUUGUUCUCCGUGGCCGACGCGAACUCAGCCCUGUCGGCCCCUCUCAAUGUGACAAUCAGAGAGCUUGAGGCGAAAACAGCCACAGUCACAUGGGACAUACUGGAGGGAGAUCCCGUCAUCGGAUUCGCCAUCACACAACAGAAGAAGGAUGUGCGUAUGCUGCGGUACAUCCAGGAAGUGAACACAACCACGCGCUCCUGUGCAUUGUGGGACUUGGAGGAGGACACGGAGUACAUUGUUCAUGUCCAGAGCGUCAGCAUGGGAGGCAGUAGUCCUCCGAGUGACCCGGUCAGUUUCAGAACUCCCAGAGAUUCUGAGAAACGGGCCUCCACAGUACCAGACCAGGUGAACAGGAAGGAGAUAGAACAGGAAGUUCAGCUCAGAGUUGGAGAGCUCAUCAUCAUCGUAGUGGUUCUCGUCAUGUGGGCAGGUGUGAUCCUCCUGUUCUGUCGUCAGUAUGACAUCAUCAAAGACAACGAACCCAACAACAAGGACAAAGCCAAGACUUCGUCCGAAUGCAGUACACCCGAACACCCACAGGGAGGCCUACUGCGUAGCAACCUCUGAAACCAGCCCCCACAGUCCACUCAGCUAUAUGGCAAUAACCUCUAAUCCUAUUCCUUAGGACAGAUCCUGAGACCAACAGAAGCCAUUCUCAGACUCCCCUGAAACCAUUCAGAAACCUCCUUGCAACAACAGAAACAGACCAGGACUAAUACUAAGACCAGAAUGUGACCCAGGACGCAUUGUAUAAAGCCACGACCAGAGUCAGACAAAAAAAACAGUUGUCUUUGAAGCAAACAGAACUUGUUCAUUGCCACACUCUUUUGAAUUCGGGGAGCCCCUGGAUCCUGGAAACUGUGUGGCCAAUUGAUUGAAAAUGGCCGACAAUGGAUCCAAAAAGGACACCGGUCAAUAUCUUGAACCUGGAUCACCAACAGUAUGUACCAUCCAUUUGGAAACAUUUGUAAACUUUGGCACAUAUUGAACACGACCCCUGGUUUCAGAGUAGCCUGACUGACAUCAAUGAGGACGGGAUGUGUUUGUUUGGUUCCAAGCCGCAUGUCGUUCGCAACAUGACGAUCACCACUACGAUGAUGAUGAGCUCUCCAGCUCCGAGCUAAGACUCCUGACACCAUCUCCUCCACCAAUCAGCACCUCAAAGACUACAGCACAGACCCCGCCUUCCCGAACAUUCUAUUCCCAGCAUAAUGAUCUACGUCACAAUGCCUGCUUUGCUAUUGUUGGCAAUGAGACCUGCCCACGUUGCUGGUAGUUCAAAUGUAAACAACAACAAAAACCAUGACUCAUGGAACUCUGAACUCUGUCCCAUUGUUUACUAAAGGGAAAUAUAAGCAUGUCUGUAUAUUUUGCCAAAUAUCUCGCAAUAUGUCUAUUUCGUUUUUCAAAAAUACGACACCAUUUUAAACAUUACAAUCUCCUCUUUCUAAUUAUGUAAGGCUGGGUAGCGUACUCCUUAGUCAAACGCUAGCCCCAAAAAUACCUUUUGUCCUUGGAACGCUGAGCUCCCAAUUGUUUUCCUAUGGAGAGACAUGCCGGUAUAUUUCGCCAGAUAUCUCGCAAUGUUUAUAUUUACAUUUUUUUUUCAAGUCGGACACCAUUUUAAUCAGGAUAAUCUCCUCUUUCUAAUUACACAAGGUUGGGCAGCGUACACUAGUGUCAUCGAUCGCUAGACCAGAAAUAGUCAAAAGUUGCAAUUUCUUCCCUACUUCCUCGUUAUGCAGACAUGAGCAGACUUGGCACCAUCGAGGUGCAGAUGUUUACUUUCUACACUAGUUACUUUUCAGUUUGGUCAUAAGAAAAGAGUGUCGUGGUAAAAUAGUAAGAGAUGCAUAUCUUGGUGCCAUUUAGGAGAAACGGAAUUCUAAGCGUCACUCCAGUCCAGUCCACUCCAGGCUCUGCGAACGUUCCAUUCCAAUCAUUAAUUUGCUAUUGGCUCGCGUUCGUGUUCCAGCUCAGACAACGUUCUUUUGCCAUUUUUAUCACCCUUGGGUGAAUUUUGACUCGUUCUAUUGUCCAGCCUGCCCCUAGACGUUGAUCGUGGCUCACAUUAGGAAUUCCCUCACUAGUGUUAAGGGUUAGGAUCGAGGGGAGAGGAAGCUGAUCCUAGAUCUGAAGUUAGUUGAAAUGUAACCCCCCCCCCCCAGGAGGACAGGAAUACACCUAAGUAUGAAGGCCCUGUCCAGAAACAGGUUCUACCAUCUACCCCCUGGACACGUGGAGAUCUGAGCCUGUAUUCAGAAAGCGGCUCACAAUAGGAGUGCUGAACGAAGAUCAGUUGUACCUUUCAGAUCUUAAUAUAAAAGGAUACAUGGGACACGGGGGGGGGGGGAACUGAUCCGAGAUCAGCAAUCCUACUCUGAGACUCCAUAUGAAGAGAGAGGAUUGGACAGUUGUGAAACAAUAUGAAAAGUUCCACCUAGCCUAUCAGACGGCACGGUGAAGUUAUGAUCAUAUUGCUUAAACCUAUCAAAUCAUUUCAGAUCUCAACAUGUGUCUAGGUGGAAGGGGCUAGUCUCUCUCUCUCUCUCCCUCUCUCCCUCUGAAACAUAUGUUAACGUUGCCAAAGCAAGUGAAAUAGAAAAUAAACAAAAAAUGAAAUAAACAAUACAAAUGAACAUUAAACAUUACACUGACAGAAGUUCCAAAAGAAUAAAGACAUUACAAAUGUCAUAUUAUGUCAAUAUACAGCGUUGUAAUGACAUGCAAAUAUUUAAAGUACAAAACUAAUUUAUAAUGUAUUUACAAUGGUGUUUGUUCUUCACUGGUUGCCCUUUUCUUGUGGCAACAGGUCACACAUCUUGCUGCUGUGAUGGCACACUGUGGUAUUUCACCCAGUAGAUAUGGGAGUUUAUAAAUUAUUAUUAUUAUUAUAGUUUGUUUAGCUUUUUUGUAAAUUCUUUCCAAUGUGUCAAGUAAUUAUCUUUUUGUUUUCUCAUGAUUUGGUUGGGUCUAAUUGUGUUGCUGUCCUGGGGCUCUGUGGGGUGUGUUUGUGUUUGUGAACAGAGCCCCAGGACCAGCUUGCUUAGGGGACUCUUCUCCAGGUUCAUCUCUCUGUAGGUGAUAGCUUUGUUUUGGAAGGUUUGGGAAUCACUUCCUUUUAGGUGGUUGUAGAAUUUAACAGCUCUUUUAUGGAUUUUGAUCAUUAGUGGGUGUCGGCCUAAUUCUGCUCUGCAUGCAUUAUUUGGUGUUUUACGUUGUACACGGAGGAUAUUUUUGCAGAAUUCUGCAUGCAGUCUCAAUUUGGGGUUUGUCCCAUGUUGUGAAUUCUUGGUUGGUGAGGGGACCCCAGACCUCACAACCAUGAAGGCCAAUGGGUUCUAUAACUAAUUCAAGUAUUUUUUGCCAGAUCCUAAGUGGUAUGUUUAAUUUUAUGUUCCUUUUGAUGGCAUAGAAUGCCCUUCUUGCCUUGUCUCUCAGAUGGUUCACAGCUUUGUGGAAGUUACCUGUGGUGCUGAUGUUUAGGCCGAGGUAUGUAUAGUAUUUUUGUGUGCUCUAGGGAAACGGUGUCUAGAUGGAAUUUUUAUUUGUGGUCCUGAACCUUUUUUGGAACACCAUUAUUUUACUGUCAGGGCCCCAAUCUGACAGAAUCUGUGCAGAAGAUCUAGGUGCUGCUGUAGGCCCUCCUUGUUUGGGGACAGAAGCACCAGCAAACAGUAGACAUUUGACUUCAGAUCAUAGUCUCUCUCUCCCUCUCUAUCUCAAUUAAAUUUCAAUUUAAGGGCUUUAUUGGCAUGGGAAACAAAUAUUAACAUUCUCUCUCCCCCACAACUCUCUCACUCUCUCUCCCUCUGUCUCUCUAUGACUAUGCUUAGCAGUAGUUCAAGGUGAAAAUCACAUACAGUAUCAGAGAGAGAGAGAGAGAGAGAGAGAGAGAGAGAGAGAGAGAGAGAGACAGAGGGAGAAAGAGAGAGAGAGAGAGAGAGGGAGAGAGAGGGAGAGAGAGAGAGAGAGAGAGAGAGAGAGAGAGACAGAGGGAGAGAGAGAGAGAGAGACAGAGGGAGAAAGAGAGAGAGAGAGAGAGAGAGACAGAGGGAGAGAGAGACAGAGGGAGAGAUAGAGAGAGAGAGGGAGAGAUAGAGAGAGAGAGAGAGAGAGACAGAGACAGAGACAGAGACAGAGGAGACAGAGAGAGAGAGAGAGAGAGAGACCCUUCCCCCUAGAUACUUGUUAAGAUCUGUUCACAGAGUUCAUGAUGAGUUAAUGUUUUAUGUAAAACCAUCAAGUCUUGAAGCAUUUUGAUGUCUAUAACACACAACCUUCAUGAAGUUAUACUAUUUCUAUGACAAUAAUAUACAUGAAAUAACUGUCAAAUUACGUAUUCAAAUACAAGAAAAUAAUACAUAUCUGAUAUUUUCAAUCACA